AUGAUUGAGAAUCAAGGCAUCCUCCCUUCCCGUCCUGCAAGAAGGCCGGUCGGCGAGAAGGGAGUCUUGACGAAAAGCUCCGUUUCCGCUUUCCUUCCAGAAAAACUUUGCCUCCGCUUUUAUUCCGGAAAAAAAUCUUUCUUUUCCCGAGUGCAGCAGCAGAUUCCCUUUCCUUGUCUUUCCUGCGUCCUGAAAUAUCUCCGCGUGCAACAAGAUUUUUUGCAAAGGAAUGAAAUCGAAGCUUUCAAUUUUCGCCUCAGCUCCAGCCUGACGCCAAACCUUUCUUUUUUGCCUGUAGCGACUUUGCCUGACGCCGAAACCUCUCGUCGAACCAAAGCCCUUCCGAACUGCCGAAGCCGAAGCCGCGAUUCCUCUGUCGCGAUUCCUGCAGUGAUUCCUCUGUCGAUCUCGUUGACGCCUUCCUGCGCCUCUGCUGAUCUCGUAGACGUCGUCCGCCCCGACUCCUCUGAAGCUUCGCCUAACUCCUACUGUCCUCGCGCGCCUGGUGUCGCACUUGAAGCCUUCGCGGAAAAGCCCUCGUCUUCCUGCCGAACCGCUCGAGAACCGCACUUCAUUCAACUGGUGCUCUCUGCUGAGCCUUCAGGGAGGCUUCUGAAAUAUAAUUCAGUUACUAAAGAAACAACAGUCCUCCUUAGAGACCUUCAAUUCCCUAAUGGCGUCUCCCUAAGCAAGGACAGAUCUUUCCUUAUAUUCAGUGAAGGCAGUCGUGGAAGGUUGAGUAGAUAUUGGUUGAAGGGUGACAAGGCUGGGACAUCUGAGGUUUUUGUUCAGCUGCCUGGUUUUCCAGAUAAUGUGAGGACAAAUGAUAAGGGAGAAUUCUGGGUGGCAAUACAUUGCCGCGCCACCAGAGUUGCCUAUAUCUUGAGCACAUAUCUCCGGUUGUCAAAAUUUCUGCUGAAACUUCCAAUUCCAGCAAGACUGCAGUUCUUGGUGCGUAUUGGUGGAAAGCUUCAUGCGGUUAUUGCCAGGUACAGCCCUGAAGGAGAGCUGCUUGAAAUGUUGGAGGAUCGAGAAGGAAAGGUGGUUAGAGCUGCCAGCGAAGUUGAGGAGAAGGACGGGAAGCUGUGGAUUGGAUCCGUCUUAAUGCCAUUCAUAGCCGUAUACACAUUAGAGUAAUGUUUACUCUCAUUUUGCAUCCUUUUUUUUUCAUGCGGUUUAAGCCUUCGGAUCUCAAUGCAUAUGGCCGGAAUAAGAUCAAAGUUUUUUUUUUUUUUUGGUUAAAUUACCACGUUUUCUUGUAGUUGAUUGAUUUGGCAAAGCAUUUUUGCUCUUUCUAGGACAUGCAGUGUGUUUCUAUAUUUGAAUUUUGAUAUAUGUUCUAAGUGGAAAGUGAAGUGCUUGGUCA